UAGACCAGAGAGCGCCAUAAAUUGUCGAAUGGCCGUAGAAUUUGGUCUGCAAAGAUCUCGGAACACUCACCUCCUCACAGUUCAAUUCUUGACGGCGUGUGGAGUGCGUGUUUUAAGUGGGAAGCCCAGCCGAAGAAUCCACAGAAAAAUUGAAUCAAAAAUGUGGCAGCGACAGGCGUUAGUGCUCAGCAUUUGCGGACUCAUAACAAUGGAGGUGGCGAGGUGCAGCGUUAGUCGCUUUAAUGGAGCUACUUCCGCCCGCAAUCAGAGCCCGCAGCUGAAGCUGGAGAUGAAUGCUUGGCAGCCAUUCACUCAGCACAACAAUUGGCUUAUCCUCCACGCGACCGCACCCAGUUCCAUGCAGCCGGAGCAGACUGACAUCCGGGAAAGGCGAAAGGAACCGGAACGACUUCCUGUCAAUUUCUACGCCUACAACCAUCGCUAUAACGAGAGCUCCCCAUCACUGGGCGGAAAUUACAAACCGAAUCCUUCCAACGAUCCAUCCAGCUAUGUUGUGGCCAUCAGCCAACAGAUGCGGCGGGGCCAACUCCUACGCCAGCUGCCAAAAGCGGAGGAAGCCGAGCCGGAAGUUCACAAGGUGGCUGUAACUUUAACCCACCCGGUUAAUGCUGAUGACGAUAAUAAUCACGAUGAUGAAAACAGAAUCCUUCCCGGGGGACCAGGAGAUGCCGAACAGGCGUCGCUCCGGGAGGUUGAAUCCUACUUGGCGCCAUUUGAACGAACCCUGGUGAAAGUUAGCGAAUUCUGCGACGCCCUGAGAAGCGUGAUUAGCGACGGGGAAGAUCAGACGGGUUCAAAUAAAUUGGAUGCCGCCGCAGGAGAAUCAUCAGCAGCCGCACAUCCACCAGGUGCAACUUCAAAGGAGCUCAUGGUUCAAGGUCGCUCUCAACGUCUGGCAUCGGCGGAAUCCGAGAGCCGCAAGCUCAAGAAGCUGAAGAAGAAGAUCCAGAAGCUGUUUUUCCCCCUGCUGAUUGCCUACAAGCUCAAGUUCCUCACCCUCAUCCCGGUGCUUAUCGGCGGACUCACUCUGCUCGUGGGCACCACGGGCCUCGCCGGCUUCUUCUUCGCUCUCUUUACGGCUGUAAUGAGCCUGAAGAGCUCCGGAGGUGGCGGCCAUGCCAGCAAGUCGCUCGUUUUGAAGAAGCUCAGAUGA